CUUUUGUCCUUCACUCUGCCAUGGUUGGUGCAGUUCUUCUCAUUGAUUUUUCAUCUUUUUUCAGGCUGACAAUGUGUCAAACUGUGUAAGGGAACCGCAUGGACAUGGGCAUUCCGAACUGUUAAUGGGGACAUGGGACUCCAGUUGCCUCUGAUCUCCUGUGUGGAUUUUCCCGGUGAAGGACGACAGAAGCCGCUAGUUAAGUCGCCGAGACCCACAACAGGAAUUCUGCACAAAAGGGCACCAAACCUUGCUAUUUUAAUUUGCGUCUGAGAGGAUGUCUGAGCCAGGGGACCUGAAUCAGGCCAUAGUGGAGGAAGGCGGGACCGAGCAGGACAGGACCACUCCUGAGAAUGGCAUUGUCAAGUCGGAGAGUCUGGAUGAAGAGGAGAAGCUGGAACUGCAGAGGCGGCUGGCAGCUCAGAACCAAGAGAGAAGAAAGUCAAAGUCAGGAGCAGGUAAAGGCAAACUGACUCGCAGUCUUGCCGUCUGUGAAGAAUCCGCAGCCAGGCCCGGAGGGGAGAGUCUCCAGGAUCAGGAAUCAAUUCAUUUACAGCUUUCCAGUUUUCCCAGCCUGCAAGAGGAUGAUAAAUCUAGGAAAGAUGACUCUGAAAGAGAAAAAGAACAGGAUAAAAACAAAGAUAAAUCCUCUGAAAAACCCAAGAUCAGAAUGUUGUCAAAAGAUUGCAGCCAAGAAUACACGGAUUCUACAGGCAUAGACUUACAUGAGUUUCUGAUUAACACGUUAAAGAAUAAUUCCAGGGACAGGAUGAUACUCUUGAAAAUGGAGCAGGAAAUUAUUGAUUUCAUUGGUGACAACAAUAAUCAUUAUAAAAAGUUCCCUCAGAUGUCAUCCUACCAGAGGAUGCUCGUCCAUCGUGUGGCCGCUUACUUCGGGCUGGAUCACAAUGUGGAUCAGACUGGAAAAUCUGUCAUCAUCAACAAGACCAGCAGCACGAGAAUACCAGAGCAAAGGUUUUGUGAACAUUUAAAAGAUGAAAAAGGUGAAGAAUCCCAGAAGCGGUUUAUCUUGAAGCGAGAUAACUCUAGUAUUGAUAAAGAAGACAAUCAGAACAGAAUGCAUCCAUUUAGAGAUGACAGACGAAGUAAAUCAAUGGAGGAGAGAGAAGAGGAGUAUCAGAGAGUGAGGGACAGGAUAUUUGCACACGAUUCAGUUUGCUCCCAGGAAAGCCUUUUUGUGGAAAACAGUCGGCUCUUGGAAGACAGUAACAUAUGCAAUGAGACCUAUAAGAAAAGACAGCUCUUUCGGGGCAACAGAGACGGCUCGGCGAGGACGUGCGGGAGCCGGCAGAGCAGCUCGGAGACCGAACUCAAGUGGCCCGAGCAGCAGCGGGCCUGGAGCAGCACCGACUCCGACAGCUCGGGGAGGAGGGGACCGCUGCUGGCAUCUAAGAAGGUAGAGGCCAGAGAUGCUACUAAAACAUCCUACAGUGCACAGGUCAGCUCCUUACAGAUACAGGAUUAUGCAGCCCAAAAUGUCAGCAGUGCUGUGGUUGAGAAACCCUGGGUUGGAAGUCAGCAGCCCCUGCGCGGCGCCGUCGUGGGGCCGGCCCAGCAGCAGCCCCGGCAGCAGCCCUCUCCGCAGCCGCCGCUGGCGGGCCCGCUGGUCGCUCAGUCUGUCCAGGGGCUGCAGGCUUCCUCCCAGUCUGUGCAAUAUCCAGCUGUCUCUUUUCCUCCCCAGCAUCUCCUGCCUAUGUCUCCAACGCAACAGUUCCCCAUGAGAGAAGACGUGGCAACACAGUUCGGCCAGAUGAACCUGAGCAGGCAGUCCUCCGGAGAGACUCCUGAGCCCCCACCCGGCCCUGUCUACCCGCCAUCCCUCAUGCCACAGCCAAGCCAGCAGCCCAGCUAUGUCAUCGCCUCCACCGGCCAGCAGCUCCCCACAGGGGGCUUCUCGGGCUCUGGACCGUCCCUCUCUCAGCAAGUCCUCCAGGCCCCUCCCUCACCACAGGGGUUUGUGCAACAGCCUCCGCCCGCACAGAUGCCCAUAUAUUAUUACCCAUCUGGUCAGUACCCUACCUCAGCCACGCAGCAGUACCGGUCCAUAGCCUCCGUUCAGUACAGUGCCCAGAGGGGUCAGCAGGUGCCGCAGACAGCCCAGCAAGCAGGUUACCAGCCGGUCUUGUCUGGUCAGCAGGGGUUCCAAGGCCUCAUGGGAGUGCAGCAGCCACCUCAGAAUCAGAGCGUCAUGAGCAACCAACCAGGAACUCCAGUGCAAAGUGUGAUGGUCUCCUACCCAACCAUGUCUUCUUAUCAGGUGCCAAUGACCCAAGGUUCUCAAGGACUGCCCCAGCAGUCAUACCAACAGCCAAUCAUGCUACCUAACCAGACAGGUCAGGGGUCCCUCCCAGCCACUGGAAUGCCUGUUUACUGUAAUGUCACACCGCCGACCCCUCAGAACAACCUUAGGCUGAUUGGCCCACACUGUCCCUCCAGCACUGUCCCCAUGAUGUCGGCGAGCUGCAGGACAAACUGUGCGAGUAUGAGCAGUGCCGGGUGGCAGGUCAAAUUCUGAGCGCUCUGGCCGGGGUACAUUUCCUCCCAUAUUCCUCAUGGCCUUUAAAGGAAGGAGCAAAGUGGGGAGACUAGCUGAGGACUUAACUAUUCACUCAACACCCAAAUGGUUGCUGCUGGCAUUCUGUAAAAAACAAAGACUAAUACACACAUUAGCUGGUUAAUGGUGCAUAUUUCCGUCAUGUCUGCUAGGUAUGCCUUUAUAGCUUAGCUAGUGACAUGAAUUCAUCAAGGUAAGAUUUUCUCCUACCACUGAACACCACUGUGUAGACCAUAAUAUCCCUAAUUUGGAUUAUUAGUUUUGUACUUUGUGUUGAGUUUGUGAUGAUGAAAGUAUUUAAAAAAUUAUAUACUGAACUCAUAUUGUACCAAAGCUGUAAUGGAAAAGCAAAGAAUUGACGGCUGGAAGGAAUAAUUUAUAUACACUAUAGAGUUUUCUUUUUUUAAUGGACAUAUACUGUAUUGUAGUGUUUAAUCAAAAUAAAACUAUUUGACCUUAUGGAGGAAGGUCAUGUUUUUACCACCA